GCUGUGGAUGGCGGUUGUUUCAAACCGUCUUAUUUAAACGCUCUUAACUAUGCCAUUGUUUAUGUUUCAGUCUUGAUCAAGACAAUAUAUUUUCCAAUCUUAAUGUUUAUUAAUCUAACCACCUUGUACUGAAUAUAUUUUAGAGACGUUUCCUGAUUUAAAUAUCAAAAAAUGGGAGUGGAUGAUGAGAAUGCUGGGCGUCGCCGUUCUCGUAGGCGUUCAUCAAUUUUGAAAUUGCCUCUCUCUACAAUAGAUGUAAAUACGCAGGUUGAAGAAAAGCCAGAAACAAAAUCAAGACGUUCUUCUAAGCGUGUGAGUUUUGCCAAUUAUGCAGAAGUCAAAGAGUUUCAUGAAGUUUCACUAUCUUACAAUAGCAACAGUGACGACUCAGGAAAUAAACAAAUAUCUGAAAACGAGAGCAAAGGACCUGAGGAUAACAAGAUAUCGGAUAUCCAAUCACUGUUGACAGGUGAAAUUAAAAACACUGCUCAUGCAGUUGAGAAUAUUUCAGGUGGUGAAAGUGAUGACGAAAUGUGCAUGGCAGUUAAUCCUUUAAACCAAAGUAUUUUGAUGUCUCCAGAAAAAGUUUCUACUACGACCUCCAGAUCAACCACUGUUUCUCAAACUAUAGAGGAUAAAGAAAACAUCAAUGUUUGCAUAGUUGAUCCUGAAGUGAAAGACUCAUUACCUCAAGCUAAGUAUGAUGCAAACGAUACUGAUAAACAAGCACAAGAUACAUCAUUUCUAGAGAAAGUCAUGGCAGAUAUUCCACUAUCUUCUGCUGUUGCUACUUCAGAAAAGAGCUUGUUAUUUACAGAUGAUUUUAAUUGUCCUGCUUCAUUGAGCACUGAACUUUUUCUUUAUAAUUAUGUUCAUGCACAUACAAAACAUGAUGAUGAUAAGAUUCAAACACCUGAUGAGGCAAAAGAAAAUGAUUCUUUAUCAGACUCUCCUCAUUUGGAUAAAUCAUUGUAUCAAGGUAACCAUACUGUUUAUUUUGAUAGGAAUGAUUCAAUGGACUUAACAAAACCUUUGGAAAAAUAUCUCACAGCAUUUAAUGAAAGCAAGGAUGAUAUUGUCAGUAAUCCUGAUGGUCAUAUAAUUGGAUACUACAAUCAAAAUAAUAGCUUUGAUGAAAAAACUAUUUAUUUCAAUAGAACUCAUUAUGCAGCCAGUAAUAUGGACUUGACAUGUUGUAACACCAUAACAAUUGCUGAUUUUCCUGAAAGUGAAAGACCAGUUGAGAUUACCAAUGUGAAGGAUGUAGAAAAUAUUGAGAAUUUUUGUGAAAACAAGCAGUUUAAUAAAGAUAAAAGUUUUUGUAAACCAACUAAAGACAUAAAUAACCCAUUGAAAUUACCCGCAGAUAAUUAUAUGCCACCCACUUCUAAUAAUUCUAUUGUUCAGCUGCCUAGUCUUGCUUCAAAGAAUAUAAUUGACAAAAAAAACAUACCAUGUGAAUUGAAUGAAAUGCAGUCUGAUAAUUUCAAAUCAAAUUGUAAUGCAAAAGAUGGUCUUCGUUCAGUGAGUGAUUUUAGACCAAGUAUUACUAAUGUAACUGAUAGCAAAACAGAAGCAAAUGUUUUAAAGGAUGAAAAAGAACAUAUUAAGACAGGAUCAAAGAGGACCUGUUUUUCUGAAUCCUCUGACAUACCUUCAAAACAGUUAAAUACAUAUGAUAUGAUUGAACCAGCCAUUAACAAACCAACUGAAAAGAAAUCUGAUUUCAGAAACCAUGUUCAACCAGUGACUACCAGUGAAACAGUUCCUAAGAAGUUAGUUCUUGAAGAAAGUACAGAGUCUUAUAUGGUAGAAUCUUCUAGGUCCUGUCCAAAAAAGACUCUGGUUGAUACAUUGCAGUCAACUUCAAAAGAAUUGAAUGUAACUAAAUCCACCAAAUCAUUUCUAAACACACAAGACUUAUUUGACACUACUCAAUUUAAUGAUGAUAAAUUUAGUAAAUUAGCUAAAGAACUUAAAACUAGUGCUUCAAAAUUACCAGCAGAUAACUGUAUUCUACCAUCUUCUAAUAAUUUUGAUCGGUCUAAUCUUCCCCCAAAGAAUAUAAUUGACAAAGAAAACCUGCCAUAUGAAUUAAAUGGAAUACAGUCUGUUAGUUUCAGAGCAAAUAGUACUUCAAAAGAUGAUCUUGGUUCAGUGACAGAUUUUAAAGCCACUAUUUCCAAUAUUUCUAAUACCAGAACAGAAGGAAGUGUUUUAAAGGAUGAAAAAGAACGUAUUAAGACAGGAUCAAAGAAAACAUGUUUUUCUGAAACCUCUGACAUACAUUCAAGACAGUCAAAUACACAUGAUAUAAUUGAACCGGCCAUUAAGAAGCAAAAUAUUUCUGGUUCUAAUGAACUUAUUGGGGAGCCCAGAGGGCAAAAUCUUGAGUUUGCUUCAAAGUUAUCGAGUUUAAUUUCUGCUGACAAGAGUGAAUUGAAUGAUUUUAAUGUUUCAGUUGAAAAGAAAUCAGAUUUCGGGGACCAUGCUCAGCCUGUGACUGCUAGUAAGACAGUUCCAGAGGAGCUAGUUCUUACUACAGAGUCUCAUCUAAUAGAAUCUUCCUGGUCCUGUCCAAAAAAGACUCUAGUUGAUGCAUCACAAUCAGCUUCAGAGGAAAUGAGCAUAAUUAAAUCCACCAAAACUGUUUCAAAUAGGCAAGAUUUACUUGACGUUACUGAAUUUAAUAAUGACAAUAAAUUUAGUAAAUUAGCUCAAGAGCCUUCAACUAACACUUCAAAAUUACCAGCAGAUAACUGUUUUCUGACCUCUUCUAAUAAGCCUACUGAUCAGCCAGUUAAUGUUCCCUCAAAGAAUAUAAUAAACAAAGUAAAUAUACCUGGAGAAUUAAUUAAGGUUGAAAGUGUGGAAAUAGAAUCUUUUAAAACGGAUGCUCCUGUUAAUGUCAGAGGUAAGACUUUUCCAGAAGAUGAUCUUAAUUCAGUGACUGAUUUUAAACCAAGUGUUACUAAUAUAUCUAAUAGCAGAACAGAAGGAAGUAUUUUAAAGGAUCAAAACGAACAUAUUAAGGCAGGAUCAAAGAGGACCUGUUUUUCUGAAACCUCUGGCAUACCUUCAAAACAGGCAAAUAUCCAUGGAUCACAGGUUGGUAAAUUAACAGACUUGUCUGAUACAGUUUCCUCUCAAAAUAAAGGUAACCACAUUAAAGCAGCUGAGUCUCCAAUCAAAAAUGCAUCUCAAAUAACUUCCUGCUUGGCAGAUCCUUUAGCUCAGGUCUGUGCUCAUGACAGCAUUAACAAUGAAAACCUGAAAGAUUCUGAUACUAAUUUAAAUGGAGUAAAUGCAAAUGAUGUUAAUAUUUUAAAGAUAAAAGAGAAAGCUGUUGGAUUGUUAAGUUCAUCUGCAAAUUGUGAAGAGAUAAAAUACAGUUCAGGAGAAGUUACUAAUGAAAAGGAAAAAAAGAAUAAAGAUGACAUAGUUGCAGAAAAAGUUGAUAAUGUUACUGGGAUGCAAUUAGAGAAAAAACGUGUACUUUAUAUUAGUAUGAACACUAGUGGUGUUGUACACUCAUUUAAUGUAGGAAAAUCUGAGGGUUCUGCUUCAUGUUCAAAAGGAUUACAUUUAAUAGAAAAAGAUUCUGUAGAGACAAAAGAAUCUAUGCCUCCUUUUGGUUCUAGUUUCACAGGAGAGUGUAAAGAAAAUGUUCUUAAUGAAAUAAUGCCAUCUUCAAAACAGGUUCCAGAUUAUCCUGAUACAGCAGUAGAUGAACAAAAUGUAAUCAGGAGUGAUGCAGACCAAACAUUAGUAUCUUGUAAGAAAGCUGAGAAAUUAUCAGAAAAUGACAUACAGGAAAAUAAAAUACAAACUGAAAAACACAAAUUGAGUGCAACAAAUAAUUUGACAAAACUGCAAAAUAAACUGUUCAAUGUUGGGAAUGUCAUAGAAAAUGUGAAUAAAGGUGAAGUGAAAAAAGGUUUGAGUGAUUGUGUUUUGAAAAUAGAUACUUUAGAUGUGCCUGAUAAAUGUCAUCAACCCCAAAUUUCUUCUAAUAAUAAUUUCAAGAAAUCAAAUGACUCUUCUUUCAAUACUUCAAAUGUAUUUUCUCGAAGGCAAACAUGUUCUGAAACAAUUAGCUCAAAAUUAAUUGAAACUUCUUUGAACAGUAAUUCUUUUACUGUUAAUAAGGGCAGUUUGAUGGCUGAGAGCAGUAUACAACCAGAUAAAGUUGUUACAGAGAAGUGUUUGAGAACUGAUGCCAGUGGUACUCAAUAUGGUACAAAUAGUGUAUCAGAGAAAACUUGCUUUGAUUUUGACAAUGCUGAUGUGUCUGAUAUUAUGGAUGAGAAACCUGAUUUUUUGAUUGGAAAUAUUUCUCAUGAAGAUUCUUUGAAUUUAUCACCGGAAAAUAAACAACCACAAUCAUAUUCACAAGUACCAUCAAGAUCUGGCUCCAUGAUGACUGAUAGAAGUAUAACAGAUAUUAAAAACAGCAUUUCCACAUUGAAUAAUAUCUCAGACUCGACAUUAUGCAGUCGUCUUUUAAUGAACAUGCACUUUCCCCAUUUGGAAAAGCCUUUGUCUUUAAUGGAAGUUGAAACAAUUGAAGAUCUUCUGUUUCUGGUUGGUAUUGAUCGAUUAGAGAAUGUUGCAUUGGAGUGUCGGCAAUCUAAUAUAUAUGAAGCUUCAGUGGUUACUGAGCCUCAAACCAUUGAAGAAAAAAUGGAGUUAGUUUGCAGACUUCAUCCUGAAUAUCAAUGUAUCUUGAAAAGUCAUGAACAGUUGAAAUCUGAUGGAGAAAGACUUAUGAAACAGUUUAAAGAUCCAGAGCUUCUCUAUGGUUUCAGAAAUGUUUUAGAAGAAAGGGAAAAGACAAGUUCAAAAGAAGAUAUAAAGAAGCAACUUUUGGCUGAUUUCAAAAUUUGUAAGCAAAGAACUGACAAGAAAAUGAAGCAGAAAAAAAUUGAAUACUUUAAUGACUUGACUUCAGCCUACACAGAUAAAUUGAAACAGAUGGAAAAAGCUAAUUCUCAAAUAGUGGACAUUACUUCAAAAUUGGACCAACAAAUAGAUAGUUUGGAUAAUGUAUUGAAAGAUUUUGAGGAAAAAAUUGAACUGUUGAAUUCUAAAAGUGAAUAUUCUGAAGCUCAAAUAAAAUGUUACAAGGAAGGUAGAAAAUAUCUGGACGAAGCUGAAUCCAUAAAAAAAGCGGAAGACAUACUUUCUUUGAAAUGCACUCAGUUUACUGCUGAGAAAGUUAAACUAAUUGAAACCUGCAAAAGACUGGAUGAUACUUACCACCAAUUACAGAAUGGAACGACUCCUGAACAACUGUCCCUUGAGAACAAAGAUAUUGAACUUAACCUUUAUUCCAUCUUGUCACCGUGGAAGGUCUGGGAGUUAGAAGCCAAUGUUUGUAAAUUUACUUUCUGGAUCGAUACAUUGCAGCUGAGUCUCUAUACUAAUUCACUGAAGAAUGUAACUGAAAUUAAUGUAGUGACAGAUGAAGUUUGGGAAAGUGUAGCAGAUGAUCAUCCUUGGUUAUGCUUGGCACACAAUAUGAGGAAAGCAACUUUAAAAGAGACAGAAAUCUUCAAAAAUUGCACUACUAUCUCACAAUUCUCAAAGUCGCUGCAUGUGUUCAGUGCUGAGAUGAUGAAAUUGCAGGAUUUGGCUAAAGAGAUCUAUUCUUUAUCUAUAAAGUAUCAGUUGAAACUGCAAAAUAAUUGUAUCACAAUCACAUAUUGCUGUUUAAAAAGCAUGUCCAAAGUUAUGGUGGAUUACUAUGUAGAUGCUGUUCAGUACCCUUUCAGUUUUAUCAAGUUCGAAAUAAAAUACCAGUAUGGACAGAUAAGCUGUGAAGACAUAGCACGAAGACUACAGAAGGUGCAACCAGGUUUAUGCUAUUUCAGCAGACUGGUGAAUGCCGUUGACUUAGAAUUAGCUGCAAGCAAGUUUUAAAGCUACAAGACUUCAUUAUGUAUAAAUUACUUUCAUUUUCAUUUCUCUAAACGUAAUUUUACAAUAAACAUUUAUUCAUUGUCAUGAUCAUUCCUUGGAUUGGAUGUUAGUGGUGAAGUUUCAUAAUAAAUUUGUUUUUUCCUUUUUAUCAAGGGCUUCCAUAGUCUGCAACAAUGGAGCUAGUAACUCCAAUUUUAAAAGCUUUGUAUUAAGGGGGAUACCAGUUGCAAAAUAUCAUUUGACAUGGAUAACUACACUUGUUGACCAAUUUCUUCUUUUGAAACAAGAAUUUGAGCCAAAAUUAAAUCUAGUGCAUAUGGUAAAUCUAUCGUUUUCAAUAAUAAUUACAAAAUGUGUGCUGCUAGAAUCAUUAUCUGAAUCUGUAAUAUAUAGUUUGUUCAUUUUCAAGGUGUAUAUAUUUAAGCUUAUAGGCAUUCAACUUAUACAAUUUAUAAUUGGAAGAAGUAGAGCUACAGCUCAGUCCCAUUGCAUAAUAUCUUGGGCAAGUGUCUUAGCUCCAGGCCCAUUAUAAACACAUACGAGGGGGUACCUAAACGAAACCAGAAAUUUUGUAAUAUUUCAUUCACUCAGUUUUACAGGUUUACACUUUUACUGCAUUCAAAGUUUUCUCUAUUUGGAGCAGUGCAUUGGUCCAGACACGUUUUCUAUUAUUCGAAGCAGUGCUGGAACUCUUGCAAAGUGAUGCCUUUUAACAUCGUUUCUUUCUUCACCUUUUUCCAUAUCUGCAAUUUCCGUAGCACUAGCUUUUGUCACCGGUGAUAACCUUUAAAAAGAGGUCCGGUUCAACUUCCAACUGUUCUUUUAGUUCAUGACAUGCAUUCAGUCAAGAGCAAGCGAGGCACAAAAUUUUGCAGCAAUUCUUUUCAUUUGCAAUUCCUUGCUCAAAAUUCAUUGUCAUCAAUUGUUCGGUCUUGGUCCUCCAAGAUCAGUUCAUGAAUUUUCAUUCGUUUGGGAGGUUGGUCUUCAAGUGACAAGUAACCAUUCCUAAAGUGUGGAAACCAUUCAUAAAGUUGUUUUGCUCAUGGCAACAUCCUUGUCAACUGAAGCAUGACAAUUGUUUCGGUCACUGUUUUCCCCAGCAGAAAACAGAAUUUCACAGAAGCACUGCAAAACGAAUGGAUAAUAGAGAUGAGGGGGUUGGGGAGUAUAAGUAUAGAGUGCUCAAUAAUCUAGGGCAUGUACUUUUACACGGAUGACAUAGAAAGGGAAUAGGAGCAAGACAUCUAAAAAGCAACAAGUGAGAUGGUAGAAGAGGCAAAAACAUGGAGGUAUAUAUCAUUCCCAUCGUUGUAUUUCUAAUGUGCAGUUUGCAAUGUUUCCAUGUGUUAGAUGAAAUUUAUUGAGGUUGAUUUUCUAUGGCUAGAUGCCCUUCAUGUCACAAAUCCUCACUUGUUUCCACACAAGCUAAUUUUGCCCCAUACUGUUUUGAACAUGAACAACACUGACUGAAUGCUUCUUUGUAUUAUGGUGUUGUUCAUCUACCACUAUUGUGUGAUGUUAGGGCAAGAGAUCACAAAGACAUACUCAAUGGGUUUCUUGGCCCAGGGUAUUGCACAUUGGGACUGAAUCUAAACCAUAUUGUUAAGAAGUGCUAUUCUUAACCACAUACUUAUCAUCCACGCCUGUGGUUUAAAUCCCAUUAUGCAACCUCUUUUGGUAAGUGUUUUCCACUGUAGCUUUGGACCAACCAGUGAUACAUUAGAGAAUUCAAUCGACAGAAACUGUAGGAAGCCCAUCAUAUAACACACACAUCUCAGCAUGUGAAAACUUACCAACGAUUGUAUUUCGCUCGUCACCACAUGUGCGAAGUAGUAUCUGAUGUUGAUAUUUGUCGACACACUGCUUAUCCAACCAUUAGUGAAAAAUUUUUUUUAAUACUACUGGUAAGGGAACCCCAAGAAACUUUCUAAGAAAAGGGUGUUAAAAUGGUAAUUUACAAUUGGGAGAGUUAGAGGAAGAGGGAAAAAAAGAAUAUUUUAGUAUUUUGGAGUAAAAUUCUAGAAAAAAAGGUGAGAGGAAGGUUAAAUAAGUAGUGGAAUUGCUAGGGUAAUAAUUCAAAUGAAUUUGGAGUCAGGAAGAAUAAUAAAGUGUUUUUGUAUGGCUUAUGUGUAUUAUGAUCUGUAUAUUAUAUAUUUUUUUUGUUUUGAAAAUAUGAAAUAAAUGAAUAUUCAAAGAAA